AUGUCGGGUGUGGCCGCAGCACUUGCGCCCCGCACGAUUAUCGUCUUGGCCGAGCCAGGUCCGGGCCGCCGCCGGGCAUGGCUACGGCCUGGCCCUUCGAGAAUCUCCGGACACGGCGCCUUGCCCGGCGCUGGUUUCGGUCUUGAAGGAUUACCUCGACUUCCACCGUGCAGCAAGGAAGACGCUCCUGGAACAAGCGACCUUGGGUGCGGGAGGGCCAAUGCCUCGGCUGCUGAUCUACCGCUGCUCGGCUAUGGGCUUCUGUGGUGGCCACGGCGAUCGUCUGAAUGGACUCCUGGGGGUGUUCCUGAUGGCUAUAGCCUCUCGGCGUGCUUUCUUCAUCGACUCUGCUCGUCCCGUCCCGCUACAUCAGCUGCUACAGCCUCGCCGCCGCGCGGCAUCUUGCGGCAAAGCUCUUCAAGAUGCUGA